AGAGAGAGAGAGAGAGAGAGAGUGAGAAGGGGGAAAAACCAGGCCUGCGACUGCGAGAGAAGCCAGGGCAAACUCAGGCGACGCGACGGCGAUGGCGAUGGCGGCGCUGCGACGCGAGGGGAGGCGCCUCCUCCUCUCCCCCACCGUCCCCAUCCCCUCCCCGGCGGCCGCGGCCGCGCGGUCCUCCGUCGUCUCUCCACCGGAGAUGGCUCCACUUGGUGCGCGGUUCGUUUCAACUCAAAUUGUUAGGAACCGGAUGAAGACUGUCAAGAACAUUCAGAAGAUCACAAAGGCUAUGAAGAUGGUUGCAGCGUCAAAGCUUCGGGCUGUUCAGACAAGGACUGAGAAUUCGCGUGGCCUGUGGCAGCCGUUUACUGCCCUUCUUGGGGAUGCUCCCAGCGUUGAUGUCAAGAAGAAUGUCAUCGUGACCAUUACCUCUGACAAGGGACUCUGUGGUGGCAUUAAUUCAACAUCAGUGAAAGUUAGCAGGGCCCUUCACAAAUUGACAUCUGGUCCAGAGAAAGAGAGUACGUAUGUCGUACUAGGAGAAAAAGGCAAAGUGCAGCUGGUGCGUGACUCGAAGAAAAGCAUUGAAAUGACCAUAACUGAACUACAGAAGAACCCUAUCAACUAUACACAGAUUGCUGUGCUCGCGGAUGACAUCUUGAAAAACGUGGAAUAUGAUGCUCUGAGGGUUAUUUUCAACAAGUUCCAGUCUGUGAUAUCAUUUAAGCCCACAGUGGCAACAAUACUGUCCCCUGAGGUUGCAGAAAAAGAAUCAGAAGCUGGUGGGAAGAUGGGUGACCUGGAUUCUUAUGAAAUUGAAGGUGGCGAGACAAAAGCAGAGAUAUUGCAGAAUCUUUCUGAGUUCCAGUUUUCUUGUGUCCUCUACAAUGGUGCCCUAGAGAAUGCGUGCAGUGAGCUUGGAGCCCGCAUGUCUGCCAUGGACAGCUCUAGCAGAAAUGCUGGCGAUAUGCUAGACCGUCUCACUCUCACUUACAACAGGACACGCCAAGCAUCCAUCACUACUGAGCUCAUUGAGAUUAUAUCUGGUGCAUCUGCCCUUGAAGGAUGAAGAAACUAUUUGGACAAUUUCCUUUUCCCUUUUUUACUCCCAAUAAGGGCUUCGUUUCUUCUGGACCUGGAGGCUUAGUUUUGACUUUUGACCCUUAUCAUUUCACUUUUCCUUGAGAGAAACAAACUGUCAUGCCAAGUUGCAAUAAUUACCGACAACUAUGAUGCUGAUGUGCGCCCAUGGCAUAUGCAGAAAAAAUGUUCAACAGCUAAUGCGGUAUGACUGGUUUGCGUAAAUGGUGUUAAACCGAAAUAUAUGUAUUGCUGCACAUGAAUGGCAAGUUUUGUUA